AUGUCACCAUCAGAAGCCCCAUGGACAACCCUGAUCCACCGCCUCGCCUUCUGGCGGUCGCAUCUGAGCCAUCAAUUCCACCUCCCGGAACCAUCCGACAUCCUCAGGGAAGCCGGCCGGCUGUUCGUGUCGCUGGCCGUCAGCGCCGUGCUGCUGACGUCCGUCAGCGCGCCGGCGACGGCCAUCGUGCAGGCACCGCCGCGCAAGCUGAUGCCGGACGAGCAGGCGACGGUGCAACUAUUCAACGAAACGACACCGAGUGUCGUUUAUAUCACGAAUCUGGCCGUUCGGAGGGACGUGUUUACACUUGACGUGAUGGAGGUGCCGCAGGGGUCCGGAUCGGGGUUUAUUUGGGACCGCGAAGGCCACGUGGUGACGAACUACCACGUGAUUCGCAACUCCAGCGACCUGCGUGUAACACUGGCGGACCAAUCAGUGUACGCGGCUGACGUGGUGGGGUACGACCGUGACAAGGACGUGGCAGUGCUGCACAUCGACGCGCCUAAGAGCAAGCUCAGGCCGCUGCGAGUGGGCAGCUCGUUUGACCUGCAAGUGGGGCAGCGCGUCUACGCCAUCGGGAACCCCUUCGGUUUGGACCAUACCCUCACCACAGGCGUGAUCAGUGGGCUGAGGAGGGAGAUCAGCAGUGCAGCAACGGGGCGGCCCAUCCAGGACGUGAUACAGACAGAUGCGGCCAUCAACCCGGGCAACAGCGGGGGGCCGCUGCUGGACUCCAACGGCAACCUCAUCGGCAUCAACACUGCCAUCUACUCGCCCUCUGGCGCCUCCUCUGGCGUCGGCUUCUCCAUUCCCGCUGAUACGGUGGCGGGCAUAGUGGAGCAGAUAAUUAAGUACGGGCAGGUCACGCGGCCAGUGCUGGGCAUCUCCUUCGCCCCCGAGCAGUCCUUGGAGCAGCUGGGCGUGGCUGGGGUGCUUGUGCUCGAUGCUCCCCCCUCCGGCCCUGCAGGGAAAGCGGGCAUCCGGCCAACGACUCGGGACAGCUACGGGCGGCUGGUGUUGGGGGACAUCAUCACGGGCAUUGAUGGCAACAUCGUUCGCAACGGCUCGGACCUCUACCGCAUCCUAGACCGCUGCAAGGUUGGCCAGAAGGUGAGCUGCCCGGAAACUCCAGCACUGAGUUCAAACUUCGAUGCCACGCGCAACGCGCUGGUGGACGCGUGUUUCAUCCGCCUGCGCCGCCCCGAGUUCCUGCGCUUCACCGCUGACCUCCCAUCACUCUCCGCGCGCAUCCUCCUCUCCGGCCCCCCAGGUCCUUCCUCUCCCCCUAGAUUCCUUUGUCCGCCCCCAGCUCUCACACUCGUAGUUUCCCUGAGCGGGAGUAGGGAGGAGGGGGAAGGUGGAGGAGAGGGCACAGAGGGAGGUGCGGGGGAGAGGGGUGCUGGGGAUGCAGCAGAGGCAAGUCAGGGAGAGGAGGCGGAGGAGGAAGAGGAGGCCGAGGGCGAGGAGGGGAGGCAAGGAGAGGGCGGUGCAGUGAGGGAAGAGGGGGCGGGAGAGACAGGGGCGUCAGGGGAGGCACAAGUCGCUGGUCCCACGAGUGAGGCUGCAGGGGGGGAACAAGUAUCCGGGGGGGGGGAUGAGGGAGGUGGUGACGGGGAAGGGGGUGAUGGGGGAGAGGGGGAAUCCGCCCUGGCUGCUGAUGUGGAGAGCGAUGGGCCUGCUGACGUGGCGUCAGGGGAGCUGGAGCUGGCAGAUGGAAUGGAUGAGGGACAGGGGGGAGAGAGGGCGGAGGCGCAGGGGGAGGGGGAGAGGGUGGAGAGAGAAGGGGAAGGCGCGGAGAGGGAAGAAGCUGAGAGGGAGGGCGGGGGAGCUGGGGGGGAGGCAGGAGGGCUGCAGAGUGUGCCGUGUGUGCACGGGGCAGGUGGUGUUUGCACUGAUCUGCCUGCCUAUGGUUGCAGCAGCAGCAACAUCGCUGCCAGUGCUGUCAUUGCUGCGUGCAGCACAGUUUCCCAUCCUCCUGAUCCGGCUGCUCCUAGCGCCACUCCACCUGCUGCCCCCUCGUCUGCUCUUUCUGCGUCUACUGCUGCUAGCAGCACGUGCGAGGAGGCGGAGCAGAGCGGCGCUGCUGCUGGUCCUUCUCCCAGCACGCAGCCGGACAGCAUACUGCCCCCCACCACUGCACACACUGGUACCACCCACACCAGCAGUGCUACUGGUGACGAUGGCAAGCACACUAAACCGGAUAAGGAGGAGCAGGAGGGGCAGCAGGGCAGCAGCACCGCGAGCAGCAAGGGUUCUAAGGGCUCAACGAGGGAUGGAGGGGGUGAGGGGGACAGUGUUGGGAAGGGCGGGAGCAAAGAGGAGGCGGGGAGUGGGGCAGCGGUGGCAGGUACAGGGCACAAGGCGAAGAGCAAGGGGGAGAAGGAGAAGGAGGGUGCUGGAAGCGAGGGGAAGAAGAGCAGCGAGAGUGCGGAGGGGUCAAAGAAGGGCUUUAAGAAAGGCGACAGAGUGCGCUACAUGGGCCCGCCCUCGCUCUCCUCUGCUGCACCCCCACCGCCAUCGGCCUCACUUCUGCCACCCUCCAUGUCAUCCUCUGCCUCGCUUCUGCCACCCUCCAUGUCACUAUUCGGGCCUCAGACACACUGUCCCUCGCUCUCCCCCUUGCUCCUCCCGCUCCCUCUGCUUCAUCAGUCACCAAUUCCUCCUCCCUCUCGCACAUCUGACUCCCACGCUCAUGCUCACGUGCUUGCUCUUCUGUUUGCGCGGCGCCAUUCGGCCAACCCCUCCUGUUUGCCCACCGCCGCGCCAUUCAGCCAACCCGUCCUCUCCUGUUCGCCCACCGCUGCCCCUAUGCUCCUCUCCUCCACACCGAGCAGCCGAGCGCUUUGGCAAGUCCAUCAUCCCUUGGGGUUGAAGGGCCGUGUGGUGAUGGUGCUGGAGGGGAACCCCCACCGCAUGGGCGUGCGCUUUGACAAGCCCAUUCCUCUGCCUGCCUGCUACCCCCGUCCCCACUCAAUGCAUUCCUUUUCCUCGUUGUGCAUCCUCCUCACUGCACAGGCGCGGUCCACUAGUGGGGUUGAAGGGCCGCGCGGCCCACCAGUGGGGUUGAAGGGGCGCGUGGUGGUGGUGCUGGAGGAGAACCCCCACCGCGUGGGCGUGCGCUUUGGCAAGCCCAUCCCUGUGCCUGCCUCCCUGCAAUCGCCCUUCCCCACUCAAUGCAUCUCCUUCCCUUGCCGUGCGCCCCCACUGCAGGCGCGGCCCGCCAGUGGGGUUGAAGGGGCGCGUGGUGGUGCUGUUGGAGGAAAACCCCCUCCGAGUGGGACCCACCUCUCUGCCUCCGCUCUCUUCCCUCCCCUGCAUGCACCCCGUCCCUUGCUUCCUACACCUGCCCCUGCUGUGCCUCCUCUCUGCAGGCGCGGCCCACCAGUGGGGUUGAAGGGGCGCGUGGUGGUGCUGUUGGAAAACCUGCACCGAGUGGGCGCGUGGCUUCCCAGUGGGGCUCACGGGCCGCGUGGUGGUGGUGUUGGAGGAAAACCUGCACCGAGUGGGCGUGUGACAAGCCCAUCCCUCUGCCUCCGCUCUCUUCCCUCCCCUGCAUGCACCCCGUCCCUUCGCUUUCCUCACUGCAGGCGCGGCCCACCAGUGGGGCUCAAGGGGCGCGUGGUGGUGGUGCUGGAGGAGAACCCCCACCGUGUGGGUGUGCGUUUCGACAAGCCCAUCCCGGGCGGCAACAGCCUGGUGGAUGUAUGCGACGAUGGGCACGGCGCGUGGUGCCACGUCGCGGGAGCUGCGGCAAGAGGGGGCGGGAUUGGGGCGAGUCAAACCCUCUCUCUGCACGCCAACCCCCACUUCCUCAUCCCCUCCCACCACCUGUGCCACGUGGCAGUGUCAGAGCUGCGGCUGGAGGGAGCAGCAGCAGACGACGCGGAGAAGCAGCUGGUGGACCACUGCAUGGCGGUGAGUGGGGUCAGUCAUGGGAGCAUGGCGGUGAGUGGGAGCAUGGGGGUGAGUGGGAGCAUGGGGGUGAGUGGGAGCAUGGCGGUGAGUGGGAGCAUGGCGGUGAGUGGGAGCAUGGCGGUGAGUGGGAGCAUGGGGGUGAGUGGGAGCAUGGGGGUGAGUGGGAGCAUGGGGGUGGCAGCCACCGUAGCAGCAACAUCGCCUCUCAUCGUUUUCAUCCCAGGCGCGGAUAGAAUCGCAGCGGCACACUAUGAGAGGCUUGUUAGACUGGAGCGCAUGGAGCGGUUGGGAGUGGUGGGGGAGAGAAGCGCGGAGAAAGGAGAGAAAGGGGAGAAGGGGGAGAAAGGGAAGGAGGGAAAGGAGGUGAAGGAGAACAGUGAACCGCUGCGGUUGGUGGUGAUUGGCUCUCACACAGUGCCACCCAAGAAAGACAAAGCGCCAGCAGCGGCAGCAGCCCCCAAGACCACAGACAAGCUCUCUGCUCUCCUCGACCUCUCCUUCCUGGACCAGCUUUCAUCGCGGCUAGAGGAUGGGCGCGGGGAGGGUGGAGGGGCCAAGGCGGGCGGCAGGGCGGUGACUCGCAUCUUCCCCACGUCCAUCCCGGUGCUGCCGCCCGCACAAGAUGAUGACGUGGCGCAGCGUGAUUGGGCGAGGCAGCUGGAGGGUGACGUGGAGCUGAUGCGCGCUGAGAGCAACCGCCGCCUGCUUAGAUCGGUGAUGUGCACAGCAGGAGUGGAGUGUGCAGACAUUGACAGACUCUCCAUCGCCUCCCACUCUCUUCCCCAGGAGGGUGCGGAGCGCAUGGUGGGGUGGGCCAUAAGUCACCAGCUGCAGCACAGCCCGCAAGUCGACAUGCCGGCUGCCCGCCUCCCCCUCUCGCUCUCCAGUAUUCGGCACGGAGUGGAGGUGGUGGAGGGAGCAUCUCAGCAGCAGCCAGCCACACAGCGCAAGGCGCUCAAGGUGGGCUUUAAGGCGCUCAAGGUGGGCUUUAAGGCGCUCAAGGUGGGCUUUAAGGCGCUCAAGGUGGGCUUUAAGGCGCUCAAGGAUGUGACGUGCGACAAUGACUUUGAGCGGCUGCUACUGGGGGAGGUGAUACCUGCGGAGGAGCUGGGCGUGCGCUUUGAGCACAUCGGCGCAUUGGAGGGCGUGAAGGAGGCUCUAAGAGAGGUCGUCAUGCUGCCACUUCAGCGACCAGAGCUGUUUCAAACUGGCCAGCUCACUAAGGUAUUUCUGUACACUGGUGGAGUUUUUCUUCAGAUUUUGCCAUAUGUUGAUCACGCAGUCGGUGCGCUGGAGGGCGUGAAGGAGGCUUUAAGUGAGGUGGUCAUGCUGCCGCUGCAACGUGCUGAGCUCUUCCAAACGGGGCAACUCACCAAGGUAUUCUUCAUAAGGCUGUGCUGCACUUUCGUUCCCCCUUUUUCCCGCAUGUUCCUUGACGCGCAUCCCCUCCCUCCCAACCCAACCUCCCGGCUCACUCCUCCCUUCCCUGCCUCCCUUCCCUGCCUCCCUUCCCUGCCUCCCUUCCCUGCCUCCCUUCCCUGCCUCCCUUCCCUGCCUCCCUUCCCUGCCUCCCUUCCCUGCCUCCCUUCCCUGCCUCCCUUCCCUGCCUCCCUUCCCUGCCUCCCAUUGCCCCAACCCCCAUUUGCCCAUUCUAGUCGCUCACGCCGCCCAUCUCGCAUUCCCAUACCCCACUGCCACUAUCAUACAGCCGGUACGGGGGCUGCUGCUGUUUGGCCCACCGGGCACGGGCAAGACGAUGCUGGGCAAGGCAGUUGCUACGGAUGGUUCGGAGAGGCAGAGAAGUAUGUGAAGGCCGUGUUCACGCUGGCCAGUAAAAUUGCGCCAUGUGUCAUCUUCGUGGACGAGGUGGACAGCAUGUUGGGGCGGAGAGGCGGCGACUCGGAGCACAGUGCAAUGAGGAAGCUCAAGAACGAGUUCAUGGCCGCAUGGGACGGGCUGCGAUCCAAGCAAGCCGAGCGCAUCCUCGUGCUCGGCGCCACCAACCGCCCGCAUGACUUGGAUGAUGCCGUCAUCAGACGGUUCCCUAGAAGGCUGUUCGUGGAUCUGCCUGACUGCACCAACCGAGCCAAAAUUCUGAAAGUCAUUCUCAAGGAUGAGGACGUGGAGCCGGGCUUCAGCACCGAUGAGCUCGCUGCUGCCACCGAUGGCUACUCGGGCAGCGACCUCAAGAACCUGUGUGUGACAGCAGCGUUCCUGAGAAUAAAGGAGUUUCUGGAUAAGGAGAAGAAGGUGAGGGGUGGGGAGAAGGUGAGGGGUGGGGAGAUGGUGAGGGGUGGGGAGAUGAUGAGGGGUGGGGAGAUGGUGAAGGGCGAGGAGAAGGAGAAGGAGGAGGCAGAGAGGAGCGAGGGAGGUGCGGAGGGCAGCAGUGGAAGCAGCAGCGCAGCAGCAAGUGGCAGCCGGGAGGGCGAGGCUGGUGCCUCUCAAGGCUCGGCUUCCCCUGCCGCUGCUCCAUGCCUGCGGCCAAUCAGCAUGGAGGACAUGCGGAAGGCCAUGGAGAAGGUGCGGGCGAGUGUGAGCAGCGAUGCAGCAGCAAUGAUGGAGCUCAUGCAGUGGAACGAGCAGUUCGGGGAGGGCGCCUCGCGCAAGAUCACCCCUCUCUCCUACUUCAUGUGA